GCCGCGCCGAGGGACGGGCGCCGCGCUGGCGGGGCGGGCGCCGCGAGUGACGUUUCCCUUCCCCUUUCUUUCCCCUUGGAUUUUCGAGAUGUUGUUGGGAAAGCUUGCGCGGCCGGCGCGAAGCCUGAGCGAGCGGCUGUCACCGCGCGGCUGCAGGCGGUUCUGGGGCUGGCUGAACGCCGUGUUCAACAAAGUGGACUACGAGCGCAUCCAGGCUGUUGGACCCGACAGGGCAGCCUCAGAGUGGCUGCUGCGGUGUGGAGCACUGGUACGCUAUCAAGGCUAUGAGAAAUGGCAGCAGGACUACAGCGGCCUCCCCACUGGGCCCUUAGGGAAAUACAAGAUAGAAGCAAUUAAUGCCACUGAGUCUUGCAUCAUGUAUAGAGGAUUUGACUAUUUGGAUGGUCUUGAACACGUUACUGAAAUCAAGCUGCAGAAGUGUAUUUAUAUACAGGAUGAGUGUCUGCAAAGGCUCAGCGAGACUAAGAACCUACAGAAGAGUCUCCUGCAGCUGAAGAUCAUUUCCUGUGGGAAUGUCACAGACAAAGGCAUCAUUGCACUCCACAAGCUGACGAACCUUGAAUAUUUGUAUCUGAGUGACCUUCCUGGAAUAAGACAGAAAGAAACUACUGCUCGUGUCCUUCAGCAGGCACUGCCAAACCUAGAGCUGGAGCUGGAUCUGGACUGAAUGCAAUGAGGGAUAUUUGAUUUCAUACUAUUUAUCACACGUUGCAUAAAUUAAGUUGUGGAUGCUGCUCUAUUUACAGGUAUGGAAAUAAACCCAGAUCUCUCAAUCCAGCCUUGAAAAUCAUUGCAGUCUUUUAACAAAAUAUGCAAUUAAAUUUCAUUAAGCUUAAACUAUAUGAUGAAUCAACAGGAUUCUGUGUGUAGUAGUAGGCUUUAUAGGAAGCCUUAAUACAUCAAUCAGAAGUUAUAAAAUACUGUAUUGCACAAAAGUUCUUGUGUAGAAUGUCAGGGAACAGAAUGGCAGUAUUGUGAUGCAGCAGUGCUGUGCAGAUUUAUUAUACAGUGUUGAUGCCAUGUGAAUCAUAAAGCCAUGGAAUCCUUAGAGUUGGAAUGACAGCCAUUUACUUUGUUUGAAGGUGUCACCUAGUCAAUGAGUGACAGUAGCUUCUGGGCCUUUGUUCUGUUGUUCACACUUUGACUGGCAAAGUCUUUCUCUGUUUCCAUUGGAUGGAGCUACAGACAAGCAGUCUAUCAGAAAAUCUGAGCUGAUGAAUCGACUAUCUGGAUUUGUGGAGAGAUCUGCCUCCCUAAUGCUGUCAAAAUAGGGGUGCUGCAGCAGCUGCUCACACGUCUGCCUCUCCGCAGGGUCCAUACGAAGGCAGCCCUUAGAAAAGACCAAGGAUCACACAGGACAUAAAGAUACAUUAAAGGUCUGCACGAUUCCAUCUCUUUGCAACAGCCAAUUUUAUUUACACAGAUGGAUGCGUAAGUUUUAUUUUUCAAGGAAUUCUACAAAUCUGGCUUUUUAGAGUCAGCUGGAAACUUGCAAAGCAGCUCACGCUGAACAAAUGCCACCUUUGACAAAAGGCAAUACUUAGAAACUGAGGCUAGAGGAAGUUUUGUUCUAUAGCAAACCAUCAAGUCUCAGAAAACAGUUAAGCCCAUGACUUCCAGUUGAACUAAAACAGUCUUCUUAAACUGAGGAAUCCAAUGCAUCACUAGCUGUGUUGUUUUGGUGCUACCUAAAGCUGUACCUUAGUUUUAAUGCAUUCACCCUCACAGUUUCCACUUGGUGGAUCUUAAUAGAGCAAUUUGUUUUCCAUAUCUGUGCUAAUGAGUGGAUUAACGAGAAGCAGAUUAAAAGUUUUCUCCAAUUCCCCUGCAGCUCUGUUUUUCUAUGAACCUAUGAUCGUUCAGUAGCCAAAUCUCAAACCAUUUACCACCUGAAUAAGCAAAGCAGCCUGCAUUUGUUAAGUCUCAGUGUGGAGCUCAAGCUGUAGCUCCUCACCUCCUGGGCACGCUGCUUUGGGUAGAGGACCCUGUGAGCUUCAGCCACAUGGUGACAC